AUGCGGACGUCGGUAAGGGCCUGGAGACGUCCUGGUAGAGAAUACACUCUAGGGCUAACAUCACCGUCAUGUGAGGCCUACAGUGUGUUGUAUGCUAAGCUAUUGCCAAUAACAAUUUUGAGGGUUUUAGUUAAUUCAAAUACAUUUUCUAAUUAUACUGUUUAUUAUAGUUAUUUAAAAGGACAUAUAUGUAACAAUGGGUAACGGACAAGGAAACCCUUCACCAAUCACCAUAGUAUUCUUUUUCAGUCUAUUAUAAACAUUUGACCCAAAAUGUUUGAUAAAUAUGAAUUUUAAUCUAACGGUUUGAAAAGUACUUUUAAAACUAGAAUAAAUAACUUUUUGGGCGACAUGACCAAAUUCACAUAGAAAUGUGAGUUAUAGGUAUUUUAUUUUAAUUGAAAACAAUUUUCAGAAGCGGUAGAUCUGUUCUAUGUGUGCUAUUUCUAUGCUUCCCCUUCUUAAGUUUUGUUUUUGCGCUUUUUACUUUUAGUUUUAUACACCAGUUUCAAGCAGCUGAAAUACAAUCAUUUUGGUUAUGUAAAAUAUAUUUCACAGCGGUUUUGAAUGUUUUAUUUGAUUUUUCUACACAAUGACUGCUUGUUUUGACACAUAAACUGAAAUUAGGCAAACUAUUUUAUCAACCAGGAAAUGGUGGAGCGAUUUCUGCAUAGUUAAUCUUUAAACGUUCUUUCAAGCAACAAUACUCCCAAUCGGUAUUAGAUAGAACGUCGUGUCCCCACCAACCUUGGUGGAAAACAACACGUGGUUACCUCGGUUAUCCCAAUGGCUCACAGCAAAAACGUAACCUUUUUCAAACACAAUUUUCUUGUUUUCUGCUUGUUUUAGUCAAUUAUAAAACAACAUUUAAGAAAAGUAAAACAUGUGUAAGGAUUACUUUUCCAACAUUGCCUGCUACCAAGCGUUCUCGCUACUUAGAAAAAUGAAAUAUUGUAGGUCUUUCAUCAUGCCCCUUUUCAUGGUGGCGCUAGCCAUGUGAGUGAGUGCUAGAUAGCUAGCUACCAACCGGAACAUUGGCUAGCUAGCCAGGACCAACAACACAAACAAACAGACUAUACAGCUAGAAGUAGUGAGUGGGGUUACAAGUGAACUAUACUAAACAAGUUAAAUGUAUUACUGUGAGUCUAGAGUCUAAGCCCUGUCUAAGCCGUGGGAUGGGGGGGGUUCUAAGAUAAGAUAUGGAAUUUUUAUAAGAUGGUCAUACCAAAGAUCAUUUAGCUAUUUGAGUUUGAAGGUAUCAAAAAACAUUAUAAUUUUUUGGGGCGCUGAAACAUUGAAUUUGGCAUUACUGCAAUUAGCUCAUAGAAACACAUUAAAUAACAGAUUUACUACAAAAGUUUGGACACACCUACUCACUCAAGGGUUUUUCUAUAUAUUUUUUACUAUUUUCUACGUUGUAGAAUAAUAGUGAAGACAUCAAAACUAUGAAAUAACACACAUGGAAUCAUGUAGUAACCAAAAAAGUAUUAACCACUACGGGAUUGGUGUCCCAUAUACGGGACGGUUGAGCGAUAACGCGCGCUAAUGUGAUUAGCAUGACUGUUUGAAGUAACAGCAAACUUUCCAGGUCAUAGCCAUGUAAGCAGAAAGCUUACAUUUUUGUUAAUCUAACUGCACUGUCCAAUUUACAGUAGCUAUUACAUUGAAAAAAUACCAUGCUAUUGUUUGAGGAGAGUGCACAACAACAAAAAAUGUAUCACUGCAACUGGUUUGAUACAUUCACCUCUGAAGGUAAAUAAUGUACUUACAUUCAGUAAUCAUACACUGAUGUGUCAUCCUAAGGGUCCCAGAGAUAAAAUGUAGCAUAGUUUUGUUUGAUAAAAUCAAUUUUUAUAUUCAAAUGUAGGAACUGGGUUCUACAGUUUGAACCCCUGCUGUCUCUGGUUCCACACCCACCCCGCCAGGCCAUCUAGAUGUGUAUAAGCUAAUGUAUGACAUUCCUGGGAGUGUGUAAACAUACAUUUUGUAUUACCAUAUCAUUUUUCAUAGUGUUGAUGUCUUCACUAUUAUUCUACAAUGUAAAAAAUUGUAAAAAUAAAGAAAAACCCUUGAAUGAGUAGGUGUGUCCAAACUUUUGACUGGUAGUGUAUAUACACACACGCACAUAUAUACAUAUAAAUUGUUUUGGGGUCCGGACCCUUAGUGGCCCGGGGCCCUAAUCGACCACUUAUGUCGCUUAUGCCUUUAGCCGGCCCUGCUGGUGGUUAUGCAAUGCACACUCAUACACUCUUAGAAUAAAAGGGUUCCAAAAGGGUUCUUAGGCUGUCCCCAUACGAUAACACUUUCAGGUUCCAGGUAGAACCCUUUUUGGUUUCAGGUAGAACCCUUUUGGGUUCCAUUUAGAACCCUCUGUGGAAAGGGUUUUACAUUGAAUGAAAAAGGGUUCUACCUGGAACUGAAAAGGGUUCAUAGAAGGGAUCUCCUAUGGGGACAUCCGAAUAACCUUUUAGGUUCUAGAAAGCACCUUUUUUUCUAAGAGUGUACUACCCCACCCAUAGACUUUCUAUAUGAGGUUUUUGGGGAAAUACUUUCUGUUUCUCUAUGAGGGUUUUGGGAAAUUGGAGCAUCAUUUUCCCAGGAAUUGGGUAAUUACUUCUUGUUUCUCUAUGAGGUUAAGGGGAAAUACUUUCUGUUUCUCUCUGAGGUUUUAGAAUACCAUUCAACUUUAUUGUACAAGAUGUGAUUAAAUACAGUAUUAAUGUUCACUUGCUGUGUUUAUCAUUUGAAAUGUAUGAAGGAAGACUGUUUCAAAAAUAUCCCUUGUUCCAGUUUCAGUUUGUCUGUGUCACCAGCCCCUCCUCUGUGUGACAUUAGCUCUUCAAAAGUGGUUAGUCUAUCUGGUAUUCAGUUGAUUUAAGGUUUGAUUUAAGGGGCCUCAUUUAUAAAUGUUGUGUAUGCACAAAAUAUUUGUGCGACUUUACUUUAAUAAAAUGUUUGUUUUAUUUAAUUCCAAGUCAUCUAUAGAGAUGCUGCCUAUGCUGUCUGACUAAAUCAUUAUUUUGUAGUUCUUACUAAAUCAUUAUUUUGUAGUUCUUCAAAGUAAAUAAGGCAUUAUUUUAUGACUUCUGAAUACCAAAUAUCAAUCCCUUAGAUCAUUUAUUUUCAGGUAGAGAUACCAUGCGAAGCAACUGCUUUCUAUCACUCUCUAUCACAGUGUUAUCUCUUCUCUCAUUCUCCAUUCCACACCGUUAUUAUUAUACACCGAACAAAAAUAUAAAUGCAACAUGCGACAAAUACUCCUCAGUCUCAUCAACUGUCCGGGUGGCUGGUCUCAGACGAUCCCUCAGGUGAAGAUGCCGGAUGUGGAGGUCCUGCAGUCAGCAUGACAAUUGCACGCUCCCUCAAAACUGCCCAUUUUCGAGUGGCCUUUUAUUGUCCCCAGCACAAGGUGCACCUGUGUAAUGAUCAUGCUGUUUAAUCAGCUUCUUGAUAUGCCACACCUGUCAGGUGGAUGGAUUAUCUUGGCAAAGGAAAAAUGGUAACUAACAGGGAUGUAAACAAAUUUGUGCACAACAUUUGAGAGAAAUAAGCUUUUUGUGCGUAUGGGAAAUUUUUUGAAUAUUUUAUUUCAGUUCAUGAAACCAACACUUUACAUGUUGCUUUUACAUUUUUGUUCAGUAAAGCUCAGUUCUCCACACAGACCGGACGAGUAGGCGGCUGUGCAAUGGAUUAUGGUCAUUGAAGUUAAUUACCACGUUUUCUGUGCUAAACAAAAUGGAAUUCAAAUAAUUGAACCAAGGCUCGUUCCAAAUGGUAGAUGGGUUGCCCCUUCCUGUAUUCCCAUAUCUUGCAAUGUGUUCACGUAGAAAUGUAUCAAAUUGGCUGACAACUUUAAGCAUACCCAAAUAAUUGCCAUUUGAGAUGGAACCAAAUAUUUAUUGUAAUUCCAUUGUGAAUUCAUGCAACAUAUCUUGACAGGCAUAUAACUUGACCACAUCAGUGCAUUCGUUACGAUAAAGUUAAGUCAUUUGUUAAUUUAGAGACAGGUGUGAAAGUGAAACCAUUGUUGAAAUACUAUAAAUGACUGAGAUAGUGGGAAAACAAAUUAGGCUGAUCUUGCUCUGUGGGAAGAUGUGGCACACACUGCAUUUCACAGAGAGCGCUUUUUUUAGAGAAAUGGGACUUUUUUUGUUGCAGAAAGUACAGAUUAGCUGUUUCCCUAAACCAAUCUUAUAGGAUUUUUGCGAGGAUUUAAGAUCUACUUUAAAAUGGCAAACGCAUGACAUUCCGGUGCACAUCCAAGUGCUAUUCACCCUCGGGUUUUUGGCAACGGGCACUUUUCAGCGGGAGCUUGACUAUCGGCAUCUCACAGCCCUCGAUGAGCCUAUGUUUUGGAUGCAAGCAUCAGCAAAAGGAACUGUAACAUACAAUUUCCAUACACCAUCGCACAACAGGUUGAAGUCAAGAGGGGUUUCUUUGCCAUCAAUUGGUUCCCAAAUACGAACGGAGCGAAAGAAGGCACCCACAACGCCAUAAAAGCACCAUCCUAAAACGAGUUCAACUCUGUGAACAAAAAUGGCUUCCUUCCACUCUUAAUGUGCAGGUGCUAGGUUAUGUGAUGCGCAAAAGAUGCUGCUGAAUGUGGUGGCAAGGUGGAGCGCACAACUCAUUAAUUCUGCAGAACUACAGUACAAUGUUGGCCUAUACAGGAGGGAGCUGUUGAGGAUGGAUUACCAAUUGGUGAGUGUUGUAUGCUCAUUUGAAGUAUAUUUGCCAUUGCUAAAGCAACUUGAAUUGUUCUCUUUGUAGGUAUGUUUUUAUAUUUACUCGUCAAGCCACAACUGAGCGAACCAAAUAAAAAGUUUUGGUUGUACUUUGACAAUCUCUUUUUUUUCCUUCUUUUUUUUUUUUGGUUGUGCUGUUGUAUUUCAGCGUUCUAUAUUCCCCAUGGGCUUUAAGUCUUGUAUCAAUGCACUGCUCUCAUUCUGUUUAUAAAGCCCUCUUGUGAAAACUUAAUUCAGGGAUGGGCAACUGGGGGCACAUGGCCCCCUGUUUUGAAGGCCCUCAGCUAAAAAAAAUUAGGAACCCAGUCGGGUUCUUUUCUACUUUUGCAAGUUAGAAUAGUAGACAACACAAGAUGCAAUUUCGAAAUUUGGGUGUGCUUCAGCAGUUUUUCUCUUGUUAUGUCAGUCACUGAUAGUCACUCAAUUAGCCCAUGUCAGCUAACAUUUGUGGGUACGCAGACCCGCAAGCAACUGCAGCCCUUCAUGAUGAGUUCAGAUUUUUUGUGGCCCCCACUCCCAUCAAAGUUGCCCAUCCCUGCCUUACUUCAUUGUUAAAUUCCAGACAUACGAGUCAUCAGACCCGAUCACAGGGAUGGCUAACUCUGGAGAUCCCUUCAGUCUCCACUGAGUUAAGGAGUGAACUUUAUUUCUAAUGAGGUUUACAUGGAGAAAAUCUGACCUCUCGUUGUAUUGGGCAGUUCAAUGGUGAGAAAUGUCUCAGUCCCUGGAGCAAAAAACGUACAGGACAUCAACGUACAGGACAUCAAUAAGCUGCACACAAACAUUAUAAACCAGCAUCCGGAAAUCAUAGUUCAUGUGGGAUUCAAUGACAUUAUGAAGGGCAGCUCAGAACAGCUGAAGAUGGAUUUUAAAGAACUGAUUGGGUCUCUUCUUGACACCAACACAUGCUCUAUAAUAUCUGGCCCUGUGCCCUCCCUAAAUCGUGGCAUUGAACAUUUCAACAGACUUUUAGCCCUCCAUAACUGGCAACGAGACUAUUGCAGCUCUGUGGGUAACAUGUAUUAUUUUGUUACCUUCUGGAAAUGAAGCUUGUUUUAUAAGGAGGAUGGGAUCCACCCAAAUCAUUUGGGUUCCUGUAUCCUUUUACAGCAUGAUAAGGCUGCGUUGAGACAAUUACUUAUCAAUGACCCAAGCCCAGCUCAGUUAAUCCCUACCAUUGUGUCGCUGAGUUGUCACAAUGCUUCAGCAAAUGUACAUUAUCCCAGGGGUGUUGGAAGACACAAUAUAAGUAACCUAAUUUACAGUGCAUUCGGUAAGUAUUCAGACCCCUUGACUUUUUUCACAUUUUGUUACCUAUUUCCCUCAUCAAUCUACACACAAUACCCCAUAAUGACAAAGCAAAAACAGGUUUUUAGAAAUGUGUACAAAUUUAUAAAAAAUUGAAAACUGAAAUAUAACAUUUACAUACGUUUUCAGACCCUUUUCUCAGUACUGUAUUGAAGCACCUUUGGCGGCGAUUACAGCCUCGAGUCUUCUUGUGUAUGACGCUACAAGCUUGGCACACCUGUAUUUGGGGGGUUUCUCCCAUUCUUCACUGCAGAUCCUCUCAAGCUCUGCACAGCUAUUUUCAGGUCUCUCCAGAGAUGUUCGAUCAGGUUCAAGUCCGGGCUCUGGCUGGGCCACUCAAGGACAAUCAGAGACUUGUCCCAAAGCCAUUCCUGCAUUGUCUUGGCAGUGUGCUUAGGGUCGUUGUCCUGUUGGAAGGUAAACCUUCACCCCAGUCUGAGGUACUGAGCGCUCUCGAGCAGGUUUUCAUCAAGGAUCUCUCUGUACUUUGCUCCGUUCAACAGUCCCUCGAUCCUGACUAGCCUCCCAGUCCCUGCUGCUGCAAAGCAUCCCCACAGUAUGAUAAUGCCACCACCAUGCUUCACCGUAGGGAUGGUGCCAGGUUUCCUCCAGACGUGUCGCUUGGCAUUCAUGCCAAAGAGUUCAAUCUUGGUUUCAUCGGACCAGAGAAUCUUGUUUCUUAUGGUCUGAGAGUCAUUAUGGGCCUUUUGGCAAACUCCAAGUGGGCUGUCGUGCCUUUUACUGAGGAGUGGCUUCUGUCUGGCCACUCUACCAUAAAGGCCUGAAAUGUGGAGUGCUGUAGAGAUGGUUGUCCUUCUGGGAGGUUCUCCCAUCUCCACAGCGGAAUGCUGGAGCUCUGUCAGAGUGACCAUCGGGUAAGUAUGAUCCCCAAUCAGAGACAACGAGCGACAGCUGCCUCUGAAAGGGGAACCACACCGGCCAACAUAGAUCUAAAACACCUAGAUCACAAACAUAGAAAAAACAACAUAGAAAAUCCACACCCUGACUCAACAUAUAAGAGUCCCCUGAGUCAGGGCGUGACAGUUCCCCCCCCCAAAGGUGCGGACUCCGACCGCACAACAUAAACAUAACAGGGUAGGGGCCGGGUGGGCAUUCCACCUCGGAGGCGGAUCCGGCUCCGGGCGUGACGACCUCUUACUCUCCGCCUCCCUGUUGCGCCCCUGGUCUGGUCUGGACCUCGGCGCGCUCCUUCCCCUCUCCUUCCUCCCACGAUGUACCAAGCCCUGUCUGGGCCCUGGUGUGGGAGACCCCGAACCUGGAGAGGGGCUGACGUCUGGAUCUGGACUGGAGCCGUUGACCGGAGUUGGACCAGAUGACGGUGGAGCGGACUGCUCUGGCUCCGGACUGGAGCCGCUGACCGGAGCUGGAUCAGGCACCGGUGGAACGGGCACGGGCCGUGCCGGACUGGACACUCGCACCACAGGUCUGGUGCGAGGAGCAGGAACGGGCCGGACCGGACUAGGAACACGUACCACUGGCUUGGUGCGAGGAGCAGGAACAGGCCGGGCCGGGCUGGCGACGCGCACCACUGGCUUGGUGCAAGGAGCAGGUUCAGGCCGGGCCGGGCUGGCGACGCGCACCACUGGCUUGGUGCGAGGAGCAGGAACAGGCCGGGUCGGACUGGGAACACGCACCACUGGCUUGGGGCGAGGAGCAGGAACAGGCCGGGCCGGGCUGGCGACGCGCACCACUGGCUUGGUGCGAGGAGCAGGAACAGGCCGGGCCGGGCUCGCGACGCGCACCACUGGCUUGGUGCGAAGAGCAGGAACAGACCGGGCCGGGCUGGCGACGCGCACCACUGGCUUGGUGCGAGGAGCAGGAACAGGCCGGACCGGGCUGUCGACGCGCACCACUGGCUUGGUGCGAGGAGCAGGAACAGGCCGGGCCGGGAUGGCGACGCGCACCACUGGCUUGGUGCGAGGAGCAGGAACAGGCCGGGCCGGGCUGGCGACGCGCACCACUGGCUUGGUGGGAGGAACAGGAACAGGCCGGGCCGGGCUCGCGACGCGCACCACUGGCUUGGUGCGAAGAGCAGGAACAGACCGGGCCGGGCUGGCUACGCGCACCACUGGCUUGGUGCGAGGAGCAGGAACAGGCCGGGCCGGGCUGGCGACGCACACCACUGGCUUGGUGCGAGGAGCAGGAACAGGCCGGGCCGGGAUGGCGACGCGCUUCACUGGCUUGGUGCGAGGAGCAGGAACAGGCCGGGCCGGGCUCGCGACGCGCACCACUGGCUUGGUGGGAGGAGCAGGAACAGGCCGGGCCGGGUUGGCGAUGCGCACCACUGGCUUGGUGCGAGGAGCAGGAACAGGCCGGGCUGGCGACGCGCACCACUGACUUGGUGCGAGGAGCAGGAACAGGCCGGGCCGGGCUGGCGACGCGCACCACUGGCUUGGUGCGAGGAGCAGGAACAGGCCGGGCCGGGCUGGCGACGCGCACCACUGGCUUGGUGCGAGGAGCAGGAACAGGCCGGGCCGGGCUGGCGACGCGCACCACUGGCUUGGUGCGAGGAGCAGGAACAGGCCGGGCCGGGCUGGCGACGCGCACCACUGGCUUGGUGCGAGGAGCAGGAACAGGCCGGGCCGGGCUAGCGACGCGCACCACUGGCUUGGUGCGAGGAGCAGGAACAGGCCGGGCCUGGCUGGCGACGCGCACCACUGGCUUGGUGCGAGGAGCAGAACAGGCCGGGCCGGACUGGGUAAACGCACCACUGGCUUGGUGCGAGGAGCAGGAACAGGCCGGGCCGGGCUGGCGACGCACACCACUGGCUUGGUGCGAGGAGCAGGAACAGGCCGGGUCGGACUGGGAACACGCACCACUGGCUUGGUGUGAGGAGCAGGAACAGGCCGGGCCGGGUUGGCGACGCGCACCACUGGCUUGUUGCGAGGAGCAGGAACAGGCCGGGCCGGGCUGGUGACGCGCAUCACUGGCUUGGUGCGAGUAGCAGGAACAGGCCGGGCCGGGCUGGCGACGCGCACCACUGGCUUGGUGCGAGUAUCAGGAACAGGCCGGGCCUGGCUGGCGACGCGCACCACUGGCUUGGUGCGAGGAGCAGGAACAGGCCGGGCCGGGCUGGCGACGCGCACCACUGGCUUGGUGCGAGGAGCAGGAACAGGCCGGGCCGGGCUGGCGACACACACCACUGGCUUGGUGCGAGGAGCAGGAACAGGCCGGGUUGGACUGGGAACACGCACUACUGGCUUGGUGCGAGGAGCAGGAACAGACCGGGCCGGGCUGGCUACGCGCACCACUGGCUUGGUGCGAGGGACAGGAACAGGCCGGGCCGGGCUGGCGACGCGCACCACUGGCUUGGUGCGAGGAGCAGGAACAGGCCGGGACGGGCUGGCGACGCGCACCACUGGCUUGGUGCGAGGAGCAGGAACGGGCCGGGCCGGACUGAGAACACGCACCACUGUCUUGGUGCGGGGAGCAGGAACAGGCCGGGCCGGACUGGGAACACGCACCACAGGUCUGGUGCGAGGAGCACGAACAGGCCGGGCCGGGCUGGCGACGCACACCACUGGUUUGGUGCGAGGAUCAGGAACGGGCCGGGCCGGGCUGGCGACGCGCACCACUGGCUUGGUGCGAGGAGCAGGAACGGGCCGGGCCGGACUGGGAACACGCACCACAGGUCUUGUGCGAGGAGCAGGAACGGGCCUGACAGGACUGGGAACACACACCACUGGCUAAGUGCGAGGAACAGGAACGGGCCGGACCGGACUGUGAAGGCGGACUGGAAGUCUGGAGUGGUACAGUGCGUUUCUCCGCAUACCUGGGUUCCUUUAUUAACCCCCGCUCCUGAUGCUGCCUAACCAGCUCCUCUCGCCGUGCCUCUACUUCCUCCUUCUCCCUACGCGCCUCCUGUAGUGCCUCCUCCUGAAUGGAUCGCUCCCGCUCUAUUCUAUCUAACAGCCCCCGUAAUAUGGUGGCCUCCUCUCUUACCCGGCACUCCUCUUCCCGUGAGGACUCCUCCGGGAGCCCCCACGAGUUAGGGAACAGAAACUCGUCGUCGUCGUCAUCCUUCGACUCCUCAGUAUAAUACUGUUCCCACUCCUCUUCCCAUGGUCGUAGGGACCCAAUCUGGAAACCCACCGGAUGCAGUGGUCGGGGCUCUUCUCUCUCGUUCCCCGACCACCCCUUUAGCCCCCACCCAACAUUUUCUUGGGGCCGCUUCUCGGGCUUCCUCCUCGGCCGGCUUCCGUGUUGCCGUUGCUCCUCUCCUGCCUGGGCUUCCUUCUUCGCCCAGGGUCAUUUUCCCGCAAAUAUCUCCUCCCAUGACCAAAUCUUCCCCACCUGUGUCCAGGGUGUUCGGUCCUCCUGGGCACGCUGUUUGGUCCGUGUUUGUUGGGAUCUUCUGUCACGGACAUUUAAGGACGGGUCAGACCAAGGUGCAGCGUGAAAUGCGUACAUGUUUAUUUAACUGAUAAACACACGACAAAACAACAAACCAACGAAACGUGAAGUCCUAAGGCUACACACAAAACAAGCCUCUAACACGGAACAAGAUCCCAAGCUUCCUCUGAUUGGGAACCACACCGGCCAACAUAGAUCUAAAACACCUAGAUCACAAACAUAGAAAAAACAACAUAGAAAAUCCACACCCUGACUCAACAUAUAAGAGUCCCCUGAGUCAGGGCGUGACAUGAAUGAGUAGGUGUGUACAAACUUUUGACUGGGACUGUAUGUAAAUAAGGUAUUUGUGUUUUUAAUUUUUAUACAUGUGCAAAAAAGGCUGUAACGUAACAAAAUGUGGAAAAAGGGAAGGGGUCUGAAUACUUUCCAAAGGCACUGUACAUCUAUUUUGUAUAGUGAUGGAGUUAAUUUUGAUUAAUCUAAAUCCCUUGGAACAAUGUUCAUCCACUCCAGUGAUGAUCAUCAAUAGGGUUAUAAGGAUCACUCAAUAAUGGGGCAGUUAAAUACAUUGGUAAGCCUAAUCAUUUUUCAAUAUUUUCAAUCUGGUAGUAGGGAAGAAAUCCAUAAAAAAUAUUUGAAAACAAUCAUGAUGAACAAUUAUAAAAAUAUUAACUCACUUCUUUUUUUUCUCUCUCCCUUUCUGGAGAUAUUUACAGUAUUACUUCUGAAGUGCUUCAAACUCCAUGAUGCAUGCGGUCGAGCAGAGUACAGAAUAGGUGAUGAGUGCUGUCCUAUGUGUUCUCCUGGUAAGAUAUACCUUUAUAUAAGGGUGUGAGGUAAUAUCAUUUCUGGAUUGUGUUAAAAUGAAGAGUGAAAUCCAAUCAAUUUAUGCAAAACACCCAAGGAAUUACAGAAAUAGUUCUGAACAACACUCAUUGUAUUUGUCUGUGGCCUAGAUUAGAGGAGCAACUAUGGUAGCAUUGCUUUGAUGUGUUUGAAGGAUGCACUAAUGUCCCAAUUUGUUGAGGGACGCACUUGUGGACACAUUAAUGGACUAUUUAUAUGUUACACAGAGAGUCAGGACUCAGCCCUGAGUGUCUCUGAAAUCUCAACUAGUCCAUCAAAGUUUUUCUGAAAUAUCUGAUGAUCAUCUUGAUUGACUAAGUGCUUAUGUUUUGAUCAUUUCCCCGUCAGGAAACCAUGUACACAAGCACUGCACUGAGUUCACCAGUACAUCCUGUGUACCCUGUAUUGACUCCACGUUCCUUGGCGAGCCAAACGGUCUCAUGAGAUGUGAACCGUGUACCAUCUGUGACUCAGGUCAGUAAAGCCAGACAUAAAACACGUGUUUUCAAUGUGAUGUGUGAAUAAAAACAGCACAUCUUAGCCUUAUAAUAAACUCCAUGUGUUUUUCCUAGGUUUGGGUUUGAAGGUAAAGCAGCCAUGUAGACCUUCAUCAGACACUGUCUGUGGGACACUGGAGGGGUUCUACUGUCUAGACCCAACUAAGGAUGGUUGUAGAGCAGCCCAGAGACACAGCAGCUGUAAACCUGGUCAAUACAUCAGCCACACAGGUUGGUCUCCUCUCAAGUAUUCAACAUGAUUUUUCCAUGAUUUCUAUUGUGCCAAGUUACUCUACUGAAUUUAAAAGUAGCUGAUCGUUUGAUUGAUUGAAAUCAUUGGACAAUUAAAAUUAAGUCAAGAUAAGUACAUGGGAAAAGUUUAAGUACAAUGUUUACAAGUUUGUUUUGGGAAGUAUAGUUUUUUAUUUAUGUUUAAACCUCCAUUUGUACAGGAACAACAUCUACAGAUACUGUGUGUUCUGACUGCACUGGUGAUACUUAUUCAGAUGGAUCAUUAACAGCCUGCCAGUCACACACUGGGUAAGUGUGGCUUACACAAAUAGUUUCCCCCCUAAAUACAAAGUUACCUAACACACAUCUAAAACUGAAAGAUGUAUGACCAAGUUAUAAAGGAAUCAUUAAUGGCCAGUAUUUAUCUGUUUAUAGAUGUGAAUCCUUGGGACUUCAGGAAAUGAAACCAGGAUCUCCUUGGUCGGAUUCAGAGUGUGGACCACAACUAUCCCAUUCCACAGCUAGAAGCGGAAUGUGUGCUGUGGCAUCCAUGACAGUUCUCAUGAUAUUAGCUGGAGCUGUUUCCUUAUUAAUAUUAGUGAGAAAAAGAAUUCUAUCUGUUUCUAACAAAAGCGAUCUCUAG